GAGGCACCGACGAGGAGUAAGCCCCAAAAAAAGAGCUUUUGCACGCACACACACACGCGCGCGCACACGCUCCAUGGAGUGAGACUGUUCACCGGAAAAACUCUCCUCUUCUCGGUGCGGGGACGCUGAACGCCACCGCCUCACAACCAUGAACAAACUCGCGAAGGCUCUGUAUGACAACACUGCGGAGUGUGCAGAUGAGCUGGCUUUCAGAAAGGGGGACAUCGUCACGGUGAUGGAUCAAAACGUGGCUGGCACCAGCGGCUGGUGGAUGUGUUCUCUUUAUGGACGGCAUGGUCUGGCCCCUGCAAACAGACUGCAGCUUUUACCACAAACUGGAACCACUGUGGGCUCAUUACGCCAUGACGUAGAAAACCCCAAAGUAACUGAUGACAACUCACAAAAUAUCUACCAGAUCCCAAGUGUACCCCGACCCUCCAGCAGCCCAGCUUAUGAACGCAUGGAUGUGAUCUACAAGGUCCCGUGCACUCCUUUACCACCUUCACAAAUUCCAUUCCCGCCAGCACUUAAGCACAGCACAGAAGGACCUGAGGGAUACAAGCCUUCAUUCUUCAGCAUGGUGUCCCGUCCAACAGGGGAGGUUUACGAUGUCCCGAGCCAGGCGAGACAAGCUUCCCUUUUCACUGCGUCAACAACUCCAAGACAGGUGUCACAGUGCAGCAGUCCAGGAGACUCUUACGUGUAUGCAGUUCCACCGCCUUUGCCUCAAGACCCAAACUAUGACAUCCCUGUUCCCUCGGCCACAGAAGCCCAACAGAAAAUGACAGGUGGAUUCAGUACCCUUCUCAGCCCCUGCAAGCCUGAGUGGAUCUAUGAUGUACCAGUGGGUCCUGAGAAACAAAGUCCACCCCAAGGUUCCUAUGACCCCUCCAAAGUCAUUUGCAGGCAACUUUAUGACACUUUUCCAGCACGUGCUUGGCCCAUUCAAAGAGGCAGUCCUACUCCCUCGCUCUAUGAUAUACCAAAACCCAACUCACCUGACAUCUCGAGUCCACCCAAAGUGCUGCCAAGGCUGCCCAUUUACGACAAGCCCCCAACUCAGAGGCUUACAGAGGAGCUAGUAUAUGCGGUUCCACCCCUGGAGGAGCCCCUCGCUCGAGUUAUCAGUGAUCCUCCCAGUGAUCAUAUACCCCUAGAGUGCAGGGGCGACUCAAGCAAUGCUCAUGAACUCGCAAGGGUGCGUCUGCAGCGAAUGAGGAACUUCCUGGCCUGCACGACGUUCCAUGAACUUCCUGGAAACGGGGAGUCGCUGGUGCAGGAGGACGACGAGCGAGGUAGAACCCUGCGUCUCUCUGCAGCAGACAGUCAAAGAAUCAGCACGGCCUCCAGCUCCUCCACCAGCUCCUGUGACUCUCUGACCCUGAGCUCGUCCUCUCCCGAGCCUCUGCGAGAGGUGACGCUCAGCCAGGACGAGGCCUGCCGCAGACUUCUGGACCUGCGGGACUCUGUCUGCAAGGCCGUCCCCUGUCUCAUGGAGUUUGUCAGCAUUCACUGGAGGAGCAGAGAACAUCUGGAGAAACACCUGAGGGAGAUCAAAGAGGCCGCAGAGGGGAUUGUGUGUUCUCUGACGUGCUUUCUGAGCUUCGCACUGGAUGUUAAGGGCAACGCCCGCCGUUUGACCGACACCAACCUUCAGACGAGGCUCUUUAAACAGCUGUCCAUCGUAGAAGACUCAGGCGUGAUCCUACAACAAACAGUGAGUGCUCUGAACAUGGCUGGGUGGCCCCUCAACACACUCUGCCACGACCCUGGUCAGGUCCAGACCCCUGACCAACUGGAGCGCUUCGUCAUGGUGGCGAGGACUGUUCCGGAGGACGUCAAGCGCCUGGUGUCCAUCGUCAAUGCCAAUGGCAAGCUACUGUUCAGAGCCCCUCAGAAAGCUCCGGAGCCUCUCAACACCACAGGUCAGCCAGAGACGAAGAAAAGUCCUGACGGAAGUGAACAAGGAGGGAACUUAGUGGAGGAUGACAACGACUACGUAGAGCUACAGACUAAGAAUGACUUUGAAAAGCACCAGAAGGAAGUGCAGAAGGAACCAAAAGAAACCGUCACACCAGUGUCUAACAAGGCUGAUACCAAGCGUCGCUCCUCCGAGUCAGACCGACAGGCCUCCCUGUCAGAGCACUGCCGGCUGUACUUUGGCGCUCUUCAGAAGGCCAUCGGGGGAUUUGUGGGCAGCCUUCGGGACGGCCAGCCGCCGGAGAAGUUCAUCUCGCAAAGUAAGCUGGUGAUCAUGGUUGGCCAGAGACUGGUGGACACCCUGUGCAGGCAGGCCCAACGGGGAGGGUCCCCCCAGAGCCUCCUGUGUAAGAGCAACCACCUGUGUGCUCUCCUGAAGCAGCUGGCCGUGGCCACCAAGAAGGCGGCGCUGCACUUCCCGGACAAGCAAGCCCUGCAUGAGGCUCAAGAGUUUGCUAAGGAACUGGCCCAAAGAGCACAGCACUUUCGGAUAUCGCUUGACCUGUGAGCGCGCACAUUUCAAGCGUGUGGAUUUGUUUGUACAGCAAAACACAUUGGUGUAUUCAUCAUCAGUUUCCUUUUACGUUCAUGAAAUAUUCAACUAUGUUCAAGCUUCACUAGCCAAAGAGAUGCUUUCUGCUGAAUGUUGUUAUCAUAAUGAAUGCAGGUACUGGUUCAAAUGUUAAUAAUGUUAAAGUCACUGGGACGAGCAGAAUAAUUGAAAUUGUAUUUUGUAGCAGAAUAAAAGACUUCACCACAGUGAAGGUCCAAAAUGAAUUGCACAUUUAGGAUACUGUACUCAAGCCCAUUUUAAAAUGCAAUUGAAAUAUGUAAAGUAUAACAUAAUUAGUUUUAUAUAAUUUACAACAUUUUUGUAUUCUCUGAAUAUUAUUUGUUAUGUGGAUGAUUUGUGUAUGUUAUUACUUUACAGUGUAAGAGGUAUACUCUCCAGGGUAGUAGUUUGAUACAGUCUACUUUUUAUGAAUAUCUAUGUAAAUAUUCAAAAAAAUAAAUGUGUUACGCAU